UGUAUGGGAAUAGAAUCAUCAUUUUACAUAACAAAAAUAGCAAAUCUCUGAAUUUGCAUGAGAUAAGAUCGCUGAGAAAUGGAGGCGAGGAGGCUCUUCGUGGUGACGGCUCUCCUCCUGCUGUUCAUCUCCAUGGAAAUCAAUACCAUUUUGGCCCAAGGAAACGGCAAUGGAAAUGGCAACGGAAAUGGAAAUGGCAGCGGAAAUGGGAAUGGGAACGGAAAUGGCAGUGGCAGCGGCAAUGGGAAUAACAAUGGCAAUGGUAAUGGCAGUGGCAAUGGCAACAACAAUGGGAAUGGCAGUGGCAGCGGCAAUGGCAACAACAAUGGGAAUGGCGACGGCAGCGGCAAUGGCAACAACAAUGGGAAUGGCAGCGGCAGCGGCAAUGGCAACAACAAUGGGAAUGGCAGCGGCAGCGGCAACGGCAACGGUAAUGGUAAUGGCAAUGGCAAUGGCAAUGGUAAUGGUAAUGGCAAUGGCAAUGGUAAUGGCAACGGCAAUGGUAGUGGCAACGGAAAUGGCAAUGGCAAUGGCAAUGGUAACGGCAACGGCAACGGCAACGGUAAUGGUAAUGGCAACGGUAACGGCAAUGGUAAUGGAAACGGAAAUGGAAGCAUCAAAGGACAUGACAGUGGAAAUGAAAAUGGGCAGGGCAGCAAUGGGAAAAAACAGAAACGGCCUCCCCAUGAUGCUGCUACGACUAAUUAUGACGUAUUAUCAUCGCUGCCCAACACAGGUCAGGAAAGAGCCUUUUGCAAGGCGAGGGGCAAAUGCCACUACAAGACCCUGACAUGCCCUGCUCAGUGCCCCCAGCGCAAGCCCAAGAAGAACAAGAAGAACAAGGGAUGCUUCGUCGACUGCAGCAGCAAGUGUGAAGUCACCUGCAAAUGGCGAAGGCCUAAAUGCAACGGAUACGGUGCUUUAUGUUAUGAUCCACGCUUUGUGGGCGGCGACGGUGUCAUGUUCUACUUCCACGGAGCAAAGGGGAGUGAUUUUGCCAUCAUUUCCGAUGAAACCCUCCACAUCAAUGCACAUUUGAUCGGCACCAGGCCUCAGGGCAGGACUCGUGACUUUACGUGGGUGCAAGCUCUCUCCGUCAUGUUCGACACCCAUACACUAGUCCUGGCAGCUAAGAAGGUCUCUCAUUGGGAUGACAACGUGGACGCACUUAUCGUGAAGUGGAACGGUGAGUCUAUCGAUGUUCCCACAGACGGAGAGGCCGAAUGGAGGGUCAAUGAUGGAGAAAGAGAAGUUGUAAUUGAAAGGACUGACGAUGUUAACACGGUAAGAGUGAUGGUAUCCGGGCUAGUAGAAAUGGACGUGAGGGUGACCCCGAUUGGAGAAGUAGAAAACAAGGUCCAUAACUAUCAGUUGCCGUCUAAUGAUGCAUUUGCUCACCUGGAGACACAGUUCAGGUUUUUAGAUUUGUCCGAUCAGGUCGAGGGAGUUCUGGGCAAGACUUACACGCCGGGAUAUGUAAGUCCGGUGAAGAAAGGAGUACCAAUGCCGAUGAUGGGCGGGGAGGAUAAGUAUCAAACCCCAUCGCUCUAUUCACCUGCCUGCAAAGUUUGCAGAUUUAGGAGACCCUCAGGCUCAGGCAGCGUCGCUGUAGCCUGAUUUGAUUUCAAAUGUUUGUGAUUGAUUAAUAAAUGCAUUGCUUGUCUUAAUUAUUAUUAUUAUUAUGUGUCCCAUUCAAAAGUUGUAACUAAGUGUUAUGAAGAACUCUCUUGUAGCAUGGGAGGAAUAAAACGAAACUGUUGCCAGGUAGCAACUACAUUUGAUUUGUAUUCUUCAAGGAUGAAUUAUAUGGUUUGGUGUAGAGAGAAAUAUAUAUCUUGAGAACUUAUGGAUAAAAAGUUUU